CUUCGGUCAACAUGGCGGACGUAAUGAUAGCGUUCUGGAGCUGAACAGUUUGUUUUAGGGAGACUUGCCUACUGUUCAGUUUUUACUCCCGUAGAAAUAUUUAAGAUUCUUACUUGAUGUUUGCUUACAUGGAGAGGCCAUUUUAAAUGGCUCAAAUGGAUCCUGAAGUUGCGAAUCGCCUCCACAAGGAAGGCGCGACCCUGAUAGUUUUGGACGUUCCCGAAGGCACCGAAUUCGGCAUUGAUUACUUUUCAUGGAACGUUGGUCCACGAUUUAAAGGAGUAAAAAUGGUACCACCCGGGCUUCAUUUUAUAUACUACAGCGCAGUAGCUGGUGGAGGAGAAAGCGCUGCGAGAACGGGCCUAUUUCUAUUCACAAAGUGUCAAGAUAUCUUUGUUAUGAAAUGGGAUCCGAGCAGUGAGGAUGUGAUUCAAGUAGUUUGUAAUGAAGAAGAAUUAACAAGAUAUAGGCAAGGUAUGUAUUUUUACAUUUACAUGCUGAUAUUUUAACCCAUGAGUGACCAAGAUAGGAUUUCUUCUUACAAGAUAAAUUUAUCACUCAGACAAGUAAUGAGAAUAAAGAAAAAUAUACUUGUUUUAAUUGAUCCGAUACCAAACCUUCAGUACCAACAUCAUAAGAAUUGUAUAGCAGACAGUAAGGAGGAUUACUUAAUAAGAACCCUCACAGUGCCUCUGUCUACUAAGGGGUAUAAAUGGUUACUGGCAGAUUAUCAGGGAAGUCCAAUGAAAUGAUUUAGGGUAACCUUGCAAUGGACUGGCAUCUCAUCCAGGGGAGAGUAAAUAUAUUCCUAGUGGCUUCUUGCCAUAGACACCAGAGUGAGCUUGGCUUGAGUACAGACUUUACUUUUCACUGUGAAUGUAGUGUGCUAAUUGGUAGAGUUUGAACAUGCAUGAAAAUUGUAUAUGUGCAUCUGAUAACCGUGUGUCUGAGCAUAUAAAAUGCAUCUGCACAGCAAACAUGUAGACUGAUACUACAGAGUGCUGAAAGUUUAAAACAGAGAAUUGUGUGAAUCACUAACAGUCAUGGUGCUCACAAUAUUUUUAACACUGUUUGUGAUUUUAUUUUUUGACAUAUAUAGGUUUACAAGAUUUGGAUUCUUUUCUUGGUCCCUAUCCUUAUGAACACUUGAAGAAAUGGGUCUCCUUGACCAGCCAUAUAACUAAAGAUUUACUAGAUAGACUUCAACCUGUAUGCAAAAAGAUUUCUUCAGCAACUGAGCUUCCCCAACAGCCAUUGCAUACAAGAGCAAAGCCUUCAAUGUGUGAGGACACCAUUUCUUCAUUUGCGCAUGAUCCAGAAUCUGUGAUAAGAUUUUCAGAGAUUCCCAAACAGAAGUUCCCAGAGGGUGCCUCUCCAGCAGAAAUUAGCAAACACAACAUGGACAAUAGUUAUGUUCUUGGUAACAUGAUCAGUGGCAUGAAAGGUAAGUAUUUUUGUGGGACCUGUAACUCAUUUAAGAAGUUAUAACUGUUAAAAAUUAUGCUCUCCUCCUCUUAAUCCUGUAACUCCAGGGUCAAAUUUGUAAUUCUCCUUACUGUCAACUAUACAAUUCUUAUACUGUUAGUUCAGAUAAUUUAGUAUUGAAUCAACUAAUUAUCCCCAAAUUGAUAUUUUUCUUUAUUCUCAUUACUUUUCUGGUUGAUAUUGUAUUGAUAUUGUAAGGAGAAAUUCUGUCUUGGUCACUCAUGGGAGUUAAAGGAUUAAAAGUGAAUCUUGAAUUUAUUUUCUGAGCUUGUUUUAAUCAAACUAUGAAAAGAUACAUGACAGCUUCAUUCAGCCAAUUUUUGAUCUGAAAGUUUGCAGAUUGCCUCAACAUUUUGAUUUCUAAAAGUAAUAAGCAUCUACUGUGAUACCUACACAAAGUAUCACCCCUUAAUCAAACAUUAACCCUUUACACCCAACAUCAUAAUGCAUAUUCUCCAUACUGUUCUCUACACAUUUCCUAGGUUCUAACAAGGAGAAUUUGUAAAACCAUCCAGAAAUUCGUUAGUCACUGAUCAUUUCCUUCAUUCUCAUGACUUAAACAUUUGAUUCAAGGGAUAGGACCUGAUCAUGGUUUUAUCUGAAUUGUAUCUUUCUUGUUUCCUUUUUCAUUGCUUCUUUUUCUUUUCUUUAUCAUCCAAGACAGAAAGGAAAUUGUUGGUGAACUUCAGUUUGCCUUUGUGUGUUUCCUUGUUGGCCAAGGUAGAUAUUUUGCGUUUAUUUAUUUAUGUUCAUUAAUGUAAAUAUUAUAGUGCAGUUAAAAGCUGUUUUUUCAAGAGUGCGGUUGCCCUACCUUUGUCACUUCCUGCAUGGUUAUUAAGGGCAACUAUACUCUCUAUGUAGUUUAUAAUUGUUGUAGUUUAUGUGUAACUGUUGGGUAUAGAUAAAGUUGUUGUUGUUUUUAUGAAACAUUCUGUAAACAGACAACCUGUUUGACCUCAGCCACAAAUAAAUCUCAUUUUAAGGGAGCUAUUUCUUGAUAUUUUGAGUUGUUAAAUCUGACUUUCAAACUCCUGAAUAUUAAGUCUCAAUAAAGUAUAAAAACAGCAGUGAAUAUAAACCAGAGAGAGAUAAAACAUAGCUGUGAGUUAGACUUUGUUUUGGAGAAAAAAAACAAGCGGUACCUCACGGCAAUGGAUAAUUAACUAAAAUUUUGCAUUUUUGGCAGUUUAUGAUGCAUUUGAACACUGGAAAAGACUUCUCAAUCUGCUGUGUAGUUGUGAUGAAGCUUUGUCAACUAGCAGUGAGAUAUUUGAUGCCCUGAUAGGUAAGUAGUCUGUUUUAUCACUGAGUUUUUCAAAGCACAUACCAAUCAAUUUGAAAUCUAUUUAUAAUUUGGGAAAGAGUGACUAAAUUGUGUAUGAUGGUGUUAAAUGGUAAAAUUGGUGGAUUUCAUCCUUCUACUUCUAAGAUCUCAUUAGUUAUUCUCCUUACUGUCUGCCAGACACUUCUUAAGGCCUAUUUACACGGUACGACUUUGUCGCAUGCGACAAGCUUACGACAGGCCUACGACACGCUUUGUAUCGUGUAAAUCAAACCUACCACUCACUUACGACUGUCGUGCACGUCACGAAAAAUGUCGUAGGAUUUUAAAACAUGUUUUAAAACGCUGUGACAAUCAUAGCCCAAAUUGAUAGAAAAUGACAUAUUUUGUGACAAAUUUCUACUGAGUAGGGAAGGAAGGUGAAAUUUUCUUGCAUCAAAAUGGCGGAGGAAGUCACCUCCGGAAAGUCAAAGACUGCUUCCAAAGCGAAAAAUACAUUCUCAGAUGAGGAAACAGAGAAUAUGAUAUCACUGUGGAGCGAGGAAGAGGUUCUUUUCCUUCUCUUGCAAAUUAUUGAAACAAUGACCGUGGCCGAAACGAGUGGAAUUGCAUGCGAUUUUGGCAUGUCAUAGGUGAAAAUGUCCUACGUGUGUGAAUUGUCCUAAGUCAUGUCGUAGGCCUGUCGUAAGCUUGUCGCAUGCGACAAAGUCAUACUGUGUAAAUAGGUCUUUAGGAAGUUAUUUUGGCAAAUUUGUUAAAUUAAAUCGGUUAUUAAUCCCUAGUUGAUAUUUUUUUCUCUAUUCUCAUCCAUUGUCUGCUUUAUACUGUAAGGAGAAAUUCUUUCUUGGUCACUCAUGGGAGUUGAAGGGUUUAAAAGAGACUUAAUCUUUUAACUCCCAGUUCAAAUUUGUAAUUCUCCUUACUGUCAACCAUACAAUUCUUAUAAUGUUAGUUCAGAGAAUAUAGUAUUGGAUCAGCCAAUCAUCCCCAAAUCGAUAUUUUGGCUAAACUUCAGAAUACCCGCCACUUUGGUCCGCCUCACUUACAUGUGUCGGGAGGCUUUGAAGAUCGAGGCAUAACACAAAAGACACUAUUCUUAUUCAAUGACAUGUAAAUGAGUUGCGGGGUAUUCUGAAGUUGCUCCGAUAUUUUUCUUUAUUCUCUUCACUUAUCUGGUUGAUCUUGUAUUGAUAUUGUAAGGAAAGUCAUUCUGUCUCGGUCGCUCAUGGGAGUUAAAGGGUUAAAGUGAUAAGAUACUGGCAAAGGAUAUCUUCUAUGAGAAAAAAAUAUUCAAGAGUUUUUGUCUGUUAAAAGAUGGUUGACAAGGAAAAAUCCUAAAUCCCUUUUGGGAAUAAAACCUGAUAUCCAGGGAUUCCCAGCUCCUAUGCUCUACAACUGAAUCACAGAGACUCUUUGGUGAGGUGGGCCAAUACAAGGUUCAAUUGUGACAUGCAUCCUGUGUACCAUUAGGAUCAGCCAUGUUGAAUACAUCAUAUCACAAUGGAAAGGUCAUAAAUUUCAGCUUGGUAAUGAAACAGAAAAGAUUUUUCUUUGUCUCAUCUGGAGUGUGGGGUAAAGAGUGUGGGCAAAAGGAAAAGAGUAUUUUUUAUUAGCUAUACCAACCAUCUUGUCAACUACUGCAUGUUGACAAGAUGAUGUUAAUCCAAAACAGUCUCCUGCUAAUUUUUGUAACUUAAGACUUUUUUCCUAUUUGGGGAGAAGGUGGAGAUAUGCAGGACUGGGAAUAGAAAAGACCCUCUGUCAUUGCUACUGUAUUGAUGCAUCAGACUGCUUUGUAUGAGGGGUACUUGUUACAAAGCCUAAUACGACUCCUGAUCGAUUAGUGAAUUCUCCUUUCAAACAAUCCUGUAUUCCCUUGUGAAACUAAAGGAGAAGUUGAUGUUGCAUAAAAAGCCACUGAGAGUUUUAUUCCCUACAACCCAUCAGUUGAACAUUAUAGCCACAUCACACAAGUGCAGUAAUGUUGGUUUUUUUAUUCUUUCUUUUCUUUGUAUACAAGUUUUUAAUUUUUUUCUUUUGUUCUUUAUUAAGUUACUACUCUGCCUUGUUUCGCUUAGGUGUGUUGCAUUUUCAAGUGCAAGAAAUUCCAAAAGAUUUCUUUGUGGACAUUGUGUCAACCAACAAUUUCCUUACCACAACAUUGCAGGUAAUGGCCAGUGAGGAUAAAUAUUAUUUCCUUUGGAAAGAGACGUAAUUGCUAACAGGAGAACCUGUUUGAAACAGAUAGCCUUGGCACUAUCACCAGUGUCAGCUGAAUACAGCUUUAGUAAACUGCAGGAUGAAAUUAGUGUUGUAAUCUUGAAAUGGAACAAAAAGAACAUUCAGCUAGCUUUAGAACCUAACCCUUCCAAUUCAAUUGAAUAACGCGUCACAACAAGAAUUUUAAAGGUUUUAAUAAUGAAAAAAAUUUAACCGGUAACUGGACGUUAUUACCCCACUAAAAGUAUAUCUAAUAGUUAAUUACAUUAAGGUACAUAAGUUUUAGAUACUUUCUCACCCCUAACAUCAUAAAAGGAUAAUCGAGAUGGUGGAGAGGUGAUGUUCAUUUAAAGAAAUUUAUGAAGAGAAGUCAUUACCAAAACUAGACACCCAGCGGAACUUAAAAAUCGAUGAGGCUGAGGCCUCGAGAAACUGUUUCCGUCCCGAGCCUCCCGCAGCUUCAUUUUCACGCUUGACCCUUUAAAACGCUUCCACAGGGUGUUUCUGUUUAGGUCAAUUUUUUUAUACUUUUAUGAAACGCUCUAUGGAGAUUUAGAUUUCCGAAAUUAAGAUGUAAAACAACACUUAUUAUCCCUGAAAUUAUCUUGUAUUAGAUCGUAUUGGGCAUCUUUGAGCUUAGCCAAAAAUCUUGCUAAUCCUAUAGUCGUGUUAGCUACUUAAUUUUUUUGUUCUGUAUUUCUUUGUUUGUAUAAUUGUUAUCUUUAGUCGUUUAUGCUAUUGUUUAUCGCCUGGUCAACAUUUCCCCGCUUUACCUUAUUUUAUUCUCCAUUCGCCUUUUGCUCACUCUGUGCUUUAUUUAUCGUCUAGGUGUUUUUCUCCAACAUGGAGAGUUCGACGACUGCGGAUAAAAAGUUAGUGGACAAGGCGCGGCGAUUUCGGCUUCAUCUAACCAAACGAUUCAACUGGGAUUUUGAGAGCGAGCCGGAGGAGUUUGCACCAGUUGUGGUUGAAACAUGAUGUGUAAACACCGUUUGUACUGAAAUCGGUUCGGAGCUGGAUUACACUGGUGAAAAAUUUGUCAUCAGCAGUGAAUGUAAACUUUUUUUUUCUUCGUUGGGCCGUCAGGAAAACCAUCAAAAGGUCACAAAGUCAUUCCCUUGUUUAUGUUAAAAACUAGAGGGUUUGCUGGUUUUCCAGGAAUAGCAAUUGGGACGGCAUAAGGUGUGUGCGUUGAAGAAGGGAAUCAUCUCGAUUGUACUACCGCAGUGCUUGCUAUUACAAACCUGCAUUGCCUAGCGCGCACACCUGCAGCCAGCGAGCUGUAGAUUUGCUCUAGAGAUAUUCACGAUGGCAAAUAUACUAGACAACAAAGCGCUACCUGUUCAAUUUUCCCUGCGUGCCUGGCUGGCGUGCUCUGGA